AUGUCCUACUCGGUGGCAGGCAUCGCGGCCGACCGCAUUGGUCGACGGCCCGUGCUGUGCAUUUGGCUCGUGCUCCUCUUCUUCGCCGGCACCACGCUCGUGUUCGCCCACAGUGUGCCGGUGUUCGCCGCGCUCCGGUUCCUGCUGUCGGUCGGUGCCGCCGGUGUGGUUGUGGCAUCGCACGUGCUGCUAUUCGAAGUGACCGGCUCGCGGUAUCGCGCCACCUACUGCGCCAUCUCCGUCGCCAGUGCCACUUUCGCCGCAGCCGUCUACAGCGAGCUCAUCUACGUAUGCAUCCGCAACUGGCACAUUGAGCAGGUGGCCUACAUGAUUCCCUCGUGCGGCAUGAUCGUCGCGGUGUACCUGAUGGAGGAGUCUCCCUGCUGGCUCAUGUCCGUGUCCGAGAUGCGCUACGCCGAGAGCGUGCUCGUAGGGCGGCCGGCAUCAACAACAUCGAGCGAGCAUGUUCAAGCGCCGCCUCUCCCGUCUGAGGACGAGCUGAACCGGCAGAACGAGCAGCUGGCGUUGCAGCAAGAACCGGAAGGCGCCAUCGUCUCAGACCACGCACGCUCCUUAGCGCACACUCUGUCACGUACGUACUUAACCGCCAACUAUGUGGACGCGCCCGCAGAAGUCCGCGUCUCGGACCUGCUGUCUAAGCACACCCUGCGCCAGCGGUCCGUCGUCAUCUUCGGCUGCUGGUUCCUCGUGUUCGGCGCGUUCGCGCACUUCACCACGACCAACGUGAUGCGUACCAGCGAAGCGACGCGCAUCGCGCUCGUCCUACUCCGGCUGCCCUGCGUCGUGGCAGACGUCUACGCCAUUACGCGCGCCGGCCGACGCCUGUCUCUCGCCUUCAGUAUGCUGGCCCUCUCUGUCGUGGCCACCGCCCUGUCCGUGGUCGAACUCUUCGGCGGCGCCUCGGAGAAGCUCUCCGCCGCUCUCGUCGUGUCGGGGCUUCUCGUCUUCGACGUGUCGGCCAUCACUGCGUUCGCCUUCUCCGCCGAGCUGUACCCGACCGUGCUGCGCGGGACCGCGUUGGGCUGCUGCUACAUGAGUGGCCGGCUCGGCGCCUUGGUGGCGCCGCUUGUCAGCGAGAUUCCGUCGCCGCCGCUGAGGAGCGCUGCGUACGCCAUCGCGGCCGCCAUGUUGUUACUGCUGAGCACGAUGGCGUUCGCUCUGCCAGAGACGAGGCAGCUGCCGCCCUCCAACACGGUGCAGGGUAUGCUGGCGAUGGAGGAAAAAUGGCUGCUCUACUCUCCACUGCGAGUGGCCCGAGACGGAGGCAAGCGCCGGCGUUCCAGAACGACGUCUCUGGGCCGCGCGAAGAGGCGAUUGCUGGUUCCUCCGUGA